AUGUCGAAGAUAUCAGCUAAAAAUAACAAACAGUUCGUCAGCAAUAACAAGAAGAAGUUCACGAUGUACUCCUACAAGUCGAAAGUGUCACCAACUCGUCGCCUUACAAAUAUUCUCAAGCCGCUGCUUGGACACUUUUUCAAGCUAAAGGCCAAGCAACCGAAGCGGAGCUCCUACAUCGCUUCAGAUGAGAAGGAAUCUGAGUUCGACUGGCUAAACAACGAUAUGGAUAAUAUGUCAAACGAGCACCUCGAAAAUCGGCUCAUCGAGGAGAUCAGGCAGUGCGCCAAAGAGGAGGCGAUCAUUGUCUACAACGAAGACGGAUCCGGCGAACUUCAAACCUUUGAUCACGGAGAGUACUAUGUGCCCGUACACUUUGCACGCACCAAUGGCGGCACAUUCUUCUGGACCUCUCUGCAACCCAAGUCGGCGAAGCCGUAUGACAUCGAGUGGAACUUCCAUGAUCGCUGGGCACAAGCAUGAAGGACACACUUAAGCAAAUAUGGGUU